CAGACGCGCGUCUCGCGCCAGUCGGCCCCGAUGCUCCAGAGUGUGUUCUGCUGCCGCAAGGUCUCACUGUCAUUGCCACGGGCCCCAUGCCAUCUGUACCAUACCACCAUGUGACGCUAUGUAGUGCCAGUGUGUGUGUGUGAUGUUUGUGUUCAAGUACGUCAGGAAGUACUUGGGAAUGGGUCUGCCUGAUCUGACGGAGGUGCGCGCCGAGCGCGAUGUGCUUCAAGCGCGCAUGUCGGAGCAGGCGCUGAAGAUCUCGUCGCUGUCGGCGCGCCUGCAGCAGCAGCGCAACGACGCCGAGGCGCUCGCGCACCACGCCUCCUCCCAGCUGUCCGUCCAGCUGCACGACGCGCGAGCAGAGGUCCAGAAGUUAAAAGAAGAUCUAGAAUCGAAAGACAAACAGCUGCAUCGACUCAAACAGAAUUUAGACGAAAAAGACAAGUUGAACGAGCAACAUCAAUCGUUGUAUGGAAACUCAUGCAAUCCCAAAGACAAAGUGGUGAUUCUGGAGCGCGAACUGUCAUCGGCGCAAACUCGCAUUGCUCAACUAGAAGCCAUCGCGCGCGGCCUCGAAGCUGAUAAAGAUGAGUUAAACUCGGCCCUGCGCGACCACCAGAGGGCGCUGGCCGAGAAGGAGGAGCAGCUGCAGGAACUCUUGGCGCUGAAACUGGACGAUGACAACCAAAGGGAGAAAAGCGAGGACGGAGGGAAAGCGUCCGCUCGCACGCUCAGCGAUAUCGUGUCGAUAUCGGAGUUCGACGAGCAGGACUUGCAAAUGAGGCGAGCGGAGCUCAAAGGUCACAAUACGAGUCUGACGGGCGCGCCGCAUGCGUCUGACUCGAGAGACAAAAUGCUAAACAGGACGCUGCCCCCGGAACUGUCUCGUCCGAACAUGAGCUCCCUCAAUAUCGAGUACAUCGACAGUCUGGACGCGCCGCAUGGCACUCCCCGCGCCGAUUCAUUGCCCGCGCACCUCACCUCUACUCAAAACAAGGAUAGAUACAAACGCAACGUCAACGAAACCAUGAUGUUCGGCACCCUUGACAAGUUCGGCGAGAGCGUCAAGCACUCCACCGCUCAGAACAUCCCCGACAAUUGCUCCAUGUACCCCAAUAGAGACGUCAGCGACAGUAAAGACCACAGCGUCGAACCCAAGAAGAUCAACUUCUCCGUUGAACCCUCCCACGACAACAGAACGCACGACGAGGAGGAAUUCACGUCGCUCAGAGAAUUAGGAAUCAGCUUGGACAUCCGGCAGGAGAAUUUCCCGGACAUUUUGACUCAGUUGAAACACGAAAUCAAAAAGUCCCGAGCGGAGUUGGAGAUUUGCAAAUCUGAGCUGAAAAAUGCCGAGGAGCAGCUCUGUGAGUUCCCAGCUUUGAAAGAGGAAGUGGAAGAGUUGAAGGGGCUAUUGGAGAACACGAUGGCCACCAUGGAGACAGAUAAGAAGUUCUAUGAGAAUCAACUGGAAAACUUCUCAUCGAACAAAAAGUUGCUGGAACAACGAUUGACCGAAUUGACUCAGGAGGUCGGGGAGAAAUCUAAGGAUUUACAUUUGCUCAAAGAAGAUAUUUUAAGAAGGGAGAAUAUGAUUCUCGAACUCGCAAAGGAGAAGCGUAAUUUGACAAACAAAAUGACUGAACUCGAAGUUAAAAUUGACGAACUGCAGAGCAGAAACAAUGUAUUAGAAAAGUGUGAAACGGAAAAUCACCAACUGAGAGAGAAAUUGCAGGAAAUGCAAAAACUGGAACAACUAGUUUCCGAGAAAAACCACCAAAUAGACUCUUUAAAUCAACAUUUAGAUAGGUUAGAUGAUUUGCAAAGGUGUCUUAAUGACAAAACCGAAGAAUUAGAAAACUUGAAAGAAGCCUUAGAAGAGAAAUCUAGCGAGGUCUUCCAAAUGCAAGAUACAGUGGAGGCUUUAAAUCGAGACAUCGCCAAGCUCAACGAGCAUAAUAACCAACUCAAUGACAGCAACAAAGAAUUAAAACUAAAACUUAGUAAACUAGAAAAGGAGCAAGAGAAUGCUUCUUUAAAACUACAAAGUAGCGAGAGUGAGUUAGAAAGAGCUAACUCCCUAAAUAAUGAAUUGACAUCAAAAAUUGAUGAGCUCAAAUUGUUGACUGACAAAUUAAAAGACAAAGAAACUGAAAUCGAGAUCUUACAUGAGGACAUAAAUGCUUUCCACGAGGAGAUAGCGUCGUUGAAGGAACAAAUGAAGAUGGUUUCGCGGAGUCCCUCGCCCCGGAGUAAGAAUGGCGACGACAAGAAAGUGGCCGACCGGCAGGCGAGCAAUGAUAAGAAGCAGCUCGUCAAGAUCAGGAAGCAAAUAUCGCUGCUGCAACACGAAUUGGAUUUUAACAAGAAGGAAUUAAAUGACAAGGCCUUCGAACUAGCAAAAGCGAAGCUGGACGUGACGGAGCUCCGCAACAACCUGGGCCAGGCCGCCGGCGCCGCCGCCGACAAGGAGCUGGCCACGGCGCGCUUGCAGCACGACCUGCAGACCCUGGCUGCGGAGAAGGAGCAGCUGGCUGAACAGCUCAUGAACGUGUCUGCCAGAAUAAGAGAAGAGUCAAACACGUCAGAAUUAAAGGCGAAGCUGCGCGAAAAGACUGAAAGAUGCCAAGAACUGGAGAAUGAACUACAGGACAUGAAGGAGCUUGUUGACAGGUUACGAGAAGCCGAAGCGAACGAAGCGCUGCAGCAGCAUUCCUCGCGCGCGCUGGUGGUGAGCGGCAGCCGCUCGCCCACCGCCGAGCUGGAGCGCGCGCUGCGGGACCAGCUCAACUACUCGCACUCGCUCGACGACGACAUCUGCGAGCAGGUGAGCGAGCGAAGCGUGCAGCAGCAGCGAGCGAAGCGUGCAGCAGCAGUAGCGAGCGCUGGUGGUGGCACCGCCGAGCUGGAGCGCGCGCUGCGGGACCAGCUCAACUACUCGCACUCGCUCGACGACGACAUCUGCGAGCAGGUGAGCGAGCGAAGCGUGCAGCAGCAGCGAGCGAAGCGUGAGCGAGCGAAGCGUGCAGCAGCAGCGAGCGAAGCGUGCAGCAGCAGCGAGCGAAGCGUGCAGCAGCAGCGAGCGAAGCGUGCAGCAGCAGUAGCGAGCGCUGGUGGUGGCACCGCCGAGCUGGAGCGUGCGCUGCGGGACCAGCUCAACUACUCGCACUCGCUCGACGACGACAUCUGCGAGCAGAUCCUAUCGGCGAGCAGCGACGACCGCGAAGACAUUCCGCGCCUCGCUUUGAACAUAUCAAAGUCCUCGUCGUCGAUCCACUCGUCCUCGUCGGAGCGGCUCCACCGACUGCGGGCGGACAACGACAAGCUGCAGGUGCAGGUCAACAACCUCGAGCUGCGGCUGCGGGACAAGGACGCGCUCAUCACAGAGCUCAACAGUCUACAACACUCGUCGGAGCGGCUCAGCCGACUGCGGGCGGACAACGACAAGCUGCAGAUGCAGGUCAACAACCUCGAGCUGCGGCUGCGGGACAAGGACGCGCUCAUCACGGAGCUCAACAGUCUACAACACUCGUCGGAGCGGCUCCACCGACUGCGGGCGGACAACGACAAGCUGCAGAUGCAGGUCAACAACCUCGAGCUGCGGCUGCGGGACAAGGACGCGCUCAUCACGGAGCUCAACAGGAUCCGCGACAAGCUGUCCAACGACUGGCAGACGAGCAAGCUGCGCUACGAGGCCGAGCGCGAUAACGUGGGCCGUCUGCAACUACUGCUACACACGCACAAGGAAACCGCCGAGAGUUUACAGAACCAAGACUCCAACAUGAUCCAGAUACUAAAGAAGCGGCUGGAAAGCGCGAUGCAGUCCGAAGUGGAUCUACAGCAACAGCUGCAGCACGCGCGGACCAGGGUGGCUCACCUGGAGCGGCAGUUGUUGGCCAACGAUGCUGGUGGUGAUGACGCGGUUAAAGCACAGCUGCAGCAUGAGCUGGACAACAACGAGCGGCUUCGCGGCGAGAUCUCUGUCCUCAAGUCCAAGCUGGAGCUGGAGCGCGGGCGCGUGGCCGACGCGCGCGCGUCGCUCGAGCACGUGCGCGCGCGCGGGAACAAGGAGCUGGACGCCGCGCGCGAACACGCCACCGCCGUCAAGAAUGAGCUCGCUGAUGCUAAGAGAUUAAAACAUGAAGCGAGUGUCGAGUUAUUACGAGCAAAAGAACUACUCAACAUCCAGAGUGACACAAUUACUGAGCUGGAGAAGAAGUUGAUGACUUCGGCCAAACAGCGACCGAUGGCUGAUACACUAACCGAGAUAGAAACCCACAAGAGCGAACUAUCUCGCGAGAUCGCCGCGCUCAAGAAGUGCCUCGCCGACGCGCCGCAGCUACAAGCCGUCCGCGCCGAGCGGGACAUGUUGCAAGCCAAGCUGCAACAACAACAGCAGUUGCAACAACAGCAGUUGCAGCAACAACAACAACCGGACGAGCGGGACCAGGCCGCCACGUUAGCUGUUACAAAAGAAAUAAACUAA